GUAACAUCUUAACGGAACUUGCAGUGGUUAGAGCACCAUAAAAUGACAAACACAUCUUUACAUUGCGCUCCAAUUUGAAGUAGAAAGCUAUCCGCAACGCAAAGCUGAUACUGUGACCGAAUUCCAUGUAGUCUAAACGAGACAAAUAUACAGACCCAACCUUAUCAUGGCAUCCUCCUUGUGUCAAAAGACAUUGUUUCUGGGGAGCUUUGUACACAGUAAGAGCUUGGGGGAACUGGAUUUCCUGCAUGAUUCUGCUGUUUGCGUUAAUGAGAAAGGGGUGAUUGUUGCUGUUGAGAGGGGUUGUGGCCAGGACAAGAUCGAAGAGACCGUCUACCCCAAACUUGGAUGGACUAUUGGGGAGGUCAUUGUGCGAACGUCUCGACCGGGACAAUUCUUUUUUCCAGGCUUCAUUGGUUUGUUUGCUCCAAAAUCCGACCGAAUUAUUACUGACGAUCUUCAGAUACUCAUAUCCACGCAUCACAGUACCCAAAUGCAGGAAUCUUCGGCAAGAGCACUCUGCUUGACUGGCUGAACACCUAUACCUUUCCGAUGGAAAGCAGCUUAUCGGAUUCUGCAAAAGCAAAGAAAGUCUACAGCCGCGUGAUCGAGCGUACUCUCUCCCACGGAACGACAACAGCAUCUUACUACGCCACUAUUUCGGUACCAUCCACCAACCUGCUUGCAGACCUCUGUCUCGAGAAAGGCCAGAGAGCUUUCAUUGGCCGCUGCUGUAUGGACUCUCUGGCACCAGACUACUACCGCGAUAAAUCUGCAGCAACGUCUUUAGCUGACACCCAAGCUACUAUCAAGCACAUCGCUGGUAUCGACCCGACCAAUGAUCUCAUUACGCCUAUUCUUACUCCACGCUUCGCACCCAGUUGCUCCAGAGAUUUGAUGAACGGCCUCGGUGCCAUACAAAAGGAAACAGACCUCCCCGUCCAAACGCACAUCUCAGAAAACAAGAAUGAGUGCGCCUUGGUCAGCGAGCUCUUCCCCGAAUUUGACUCAUAUACAGAAGUGUAUGAUGGCCAUGGUUUGCUUGGCCCCAAGACCAUCCUGGCUCAUGCGGUGCAUCUUUCUGAGGCUGAGAUCGAUCUGAUCAAGAAGAGAGAAGGGAAGAUUAGUCAUUGUCCUGUCAGCAAUUCGUCAAUUACUUCGGGUACAGCCAGGGUUCGGUGGAUGUUGAACAAAGGUGUUGAAGUCGGACUGGGGACCGAUAUGAGUGGAGGCUACAGUCCUAGCAUCCUGGAGGCUGUCAGACAGGCUGCUCUUGUGAGCAAUCAUGUAGCUAUGGGAGGGGACGACUCAGCGAAGCUGAGUGUUGAGGAGGUGUUGUAUCUUGCUACCAGAGGAGGAGCAAAUGUCGUUGGACUGGGUGAUAAGAUUGGUGGAUUUCGACUGGGCAUGGAAUGGGAUGCUCAGCUUAUUGGUAUGGGUCAAGUUGGGGGUGACGAGAAGGGCGACACAGGACCGGUUGAUAUAUUUGGAUGGGAGAAUUGGGAUGAGCGGAUUGCGAAGUGGGUAUUCAAUGGUGACGACAGAAACACUCUUGCGGUCUGGGUCAAGGGAAGGCUGGUCCAUGAGAGGAUAUCCUCGUGAUAUGACGCGGAAAGAUUAGAAAGAAUUGCUCGAGAAGGCGUCGGCGUGCUUCCUAUAGACAAAUCUGUACCAGAACACUACUUUGAUUUCCCUAUAACAACCAUCGAGCUUUGGAGCCACAAAAUAGUGAAGAUACAUCCCCUGAACAAUAUACCUUCUAGGCCAAGGCCAGUCGCUGGGAAUGGCUAGAGGCGCAUUUCAAGUACUGAGCGGAUAAUAGUCAAUCA